AUGGAUCCUCAAACCAGAGGUAAUUCGGCAUCGCAAUCUCGAGGAGAUGGUGAUGCGAGUGCGCGGUCAUCUAAUCCUGGAACGCCGUCAACAGGCCAGCCAAAAGUGCAGCAGCCUAAACCGCAGGCUCUCCCAAACCGAUCGGGUCCUUCAGCGAUUCUCGUGUCGACGCGACAGAAGGGCAACCCGAUCCUGAACCACAUUAAGCUUCUACCAUGGGAGUACGCCGAUAUUCCCGCAGAUUAUGUGAUUGGAACAACAGCAUGCGCUCUCUUUCUCUCACUGAAAUAUCACCGGCUCCACCCUGAAUACAUCUAUUCUCGAAUCCGACUCCUCGCUGGGAAGUACAACCUGCGCAUCGUGCUGGUAAUGGUGGAUAUUCCGAACCACGAAGAUGCCCUCAAGGAACUAUCAAAGACCUCGAUCAUCAAUAACCUCACACUGAUGCUAUGCUGGUCCGCCCCCGAGGCCGCACACUACCUUGAACUCUUCAAGUCCUCCGAACACGCCCAACCUACUGCAAUCCGCACGCAACAAGCACAGUCAUACAAGGAGUCUUUAGUGGAAUUUGUUACAGCACCGCGAAGCAUCAACAAGUCAGAUGCGGCAAGCUUGAUCUCGACAUUUGGAAGUUUGCAGAAUGCUGUGAACGCGCAACCGGAGCAGAUUAGCUCUGUUCCUGGCUGGGGCGAGAAGAAGGUUCAACAAUGGUGCAAUGCCAUCCGCGAAGACUUCAGGGUGGAAACUACAAAAAAGGCGUCUGCUCCAGUAUCAAGAAACCAGAAUAGACCGACGAGACCCCCGAGUGGGCUGGAUCAGAUGGCCAUGGAUGAAGAUGAUGACGAAGCAGUCUUACGAUCUGUGCUGGCUGAGAGCCGGCUCACAGCUGCCGCAUCUGCCACGACUCAGAGCCCAUCGAAGACAAUCCGGCCAGCCGAGGAGCUUGACGAGGGCAUUGCAGCUGCCCUGGCGAAGUUUCGGGAAUCCGGUGGAUGA